AUGGACAACGACCAGGACGACGACAGGCCGCACCUCGCGGUGCCCCACUCGCCCAUCAGCCACAGAAGGCGUUCACGGCCUGCGUCGCGCAUGCACAGCCGGCGAGGGUCCAUGUCAGACGAGCCUACUGAGCGGACGUCGCUGCUUGGGCGCUCCAGGUCCCACGUCAAGAUCUCCGAUGCGCCCGACAGUCCACGCACGCCGCGCACACUACGCAACGUGCAGCUGCCGACGGGCACUAACAUUGAGGUCCUCGCCUUCGCAGCUGCUACCCCUUCCACCAAGCACCACAGCCGAGCCGGAUCAUGGGGCACACGCCUGAUCAAUGCCAUCUCCCACCAGCAAGACCCCAUGGCCGAGUCCAAAACAUCCUUCUCCCAAGAUGACCGCGUCUGGUACGACCAAUUUACCUCCACCGACUGGGUACACGACAGCAUCGCUGAUGCCUACCGCGCCAAGGCCCUUCGGAGCCGCACCGACUUCUGGGGCCGUUUCUACCUCCUUUUCGACGGCGCACAGGGCUGGAUUCUCUCCGCCGUAGUUGGCUUUAUUGUUGCCGUUAUAGCGUACGCCAUCAACGUGUCCGAACAGGUGCUCUUCGAUUGGAAGGAUGGCUACUGCCAGACGAGCUGGUACCUGAGCGAGAAGAGAUGCUGUCCGCUGGGGGACUGCACUGACUGGGUGUCUUGGUCCGACGUUGUCGUUGACUUGCCCAUUGCUGCCAAGUGGAGAGAGUGGCUCGUCUACAUCCUCUGGGUCAGCUUGUUCGCACUGGCUGCGUGUCUGCUCACGCUCACGACAAAGACGGUCGUUCCCUCGGCUUACAGACUCUCCACGUUGGACGAGAAUCUGGCAGCCGAGGCUGCUCCUUUAGCAGACAACGAGCCUGAGCACGAGAACGGCGACGCCAGUCCCCCGCGAAACCGCCAGGAGACCUCGCCCUCCCCCACGGCGCCGCCCAUGAUCUACUACUCGGCUGCUGGCAGCGGAGUCGCCGAGGUGCGCGUCAUCCUGAGCGGCUUCGUGCUGCACGGUUUCUUGGGCCUCAAAACCCUCAUCAUCAAGUCGGUGGGCCUGAUCCUCAGCGUGGCAUCCGGCUUGAGCCUGGGGAAGGAAGGCCCCUAUGUCCAUAUUGCGACUUGUGUUGGCAACAUCGCCUGUCGUUUGUUCGAAAAGUACGAUCGAAACGACGGAAAGCGACGUGAAGUGCUUUCAGCAGCCGCAGCAGCAGGUGUUGCCGUUGCUUUCGGUGCGCCUCUGGGGGGAGUUCUCUUCGGAUUGGAGGAGGUGGCUUACUUCUUUCCCGCCAAAACCCUCUUCAGGACCUUCUUCUGUUGCAUCAUUGCCGCCUUGACCUUGAAGUUUCUCAAUCCAUAUGGAACCCACAAAAUUGUCAUGUUCCAAGUUCACUACGCCGUUGACUGGGAAUACUUCGAGCUCGUCUCCUUUGUCAUUGUCGGGAUCCUCGGCGGAGUUCUCGGUGCCUUGUUCAUCAAGGCCUCCAGGUACUGGGCCAGGACCUUCCGCAAGAUUCCUGUCAUCAAAAAGGUGCCCGUCGUGGAGGUCAUCCUGGUGGCCAUGGUCACAGGGUUGAUCGGAUACUGGAACGGGCUUACAAAGCUGCCUGUGGCGAAGCUGCUCUACAAUCUCGCAGCUCCUUGCGACCCGGAGGAUGAUAGUCUGGACGAGCUUGGCCUGUGCCCAGAGGCAAGGGUGGACAUUCCUCCCGUACUGCGGAACUUGUUGGUGGCCUUCCUCAUCAAAGGUUUCUUGACCGUCAUUACGUUCGGUAUUAAAGUUCCAGCUGGUAUAUACGUGCCAUCCAUGGUGGUAGGCGGCUUGAUGGGCCGAUUGAUUGGACAUAUUGUUCAAUGGCUCGUCAUGACGUUCAACACAUGGCCCGUCUGGGACCGAUGCUCACGGAUAGGAGAUGCCACUUGUAUUCAACCUGGUGUAUAUGCCCUGAUCGCCGCCGGUUCGACCAUGUGUGGCGUGACUCGACUGUCUGUCACGCUCGCCGUAAUCCUCUUCGAGCUAACUGGAAGCCUUGACUAUGUGCUGCCCUUUUCCUUGGCCAUUCUGGUUGCGAAGUGGACAUCAGAUUUCAUCGAGCCACUGAGCAUCUAUGAUCUUUUGACGGAGCUGAACUCAUAUCCUUUCCUCAACAACAAACACAAGCCGAUCUUCACGACGGACCUCGCAGACCUUGUGCCCAAGGUACGCCGCGUGAGGGUGAUUGACAUAACCAACUCCCCUCUCGUUUCAGCCACAAGCCUGAGAGGCAAGCUCGAGCGUCUUCAUGCUGCUGGAGAAAUCGAUGGCGGCCUGCCUAUUCUUAGGAAUGACGUGCUGGUCGGAUUGAUACCUGCACCAGACCUUGAGUUCGCCCUGGAUCAGCUUUCUGACGAGAGUUCGGACUUGUGUCUCAUGGCCCAAGUGCCUUCCAUUGACGAUUCGGAUGACGGUUCACCUGAUCCCACUGACUUCACAAGAUACAUCGACCCGGCACCCGUCGCUCUGGACAUACAUUCUUCCAUGGACCUUGUAUACGAGUGCUUCGUGAAACUCGGUUUGAGAUAUAUUUGCGUCCUUCGUGACGGCAAGUACGCUGGCAUGACACACAAGAAGACUUUCGUCAAGUAUAUGAGAGAGCUGGAGAAGCAAGGCCACAUGUAA